AUUAAUAAAUUACUAACGGUUGGAUUUGUGGUCUUAACUAAAGCUCCACAUAAGCCAGCUUGGCUUGGAUUGCCACCGGCUCAAGCUGAGCCACUUUUUUUUAGCUCGGCUCAGCUCAGAUC